AACGAAAUUUCUUGCAUUUUUUUUCUCUCUUCUUUUUGUUUUUUCUUUUUCAUGCAGGGACUUAUGAGAAUAAUGGGUAUCUAAUGGUUUCUUCAAAUGGAGGAUUGAAUCAAAUGCGAGCAGGAAUAUGUGAUAUGGUGGCCAUUGCAAGAUAUAUGAAUGUGACACUAAUUGUUCCUGAAUUGGAUAAUACCUCCUUUUGGAAUGACUAUAGCCAAUUUGCAGAUAUAUUCGAUGUUGAUUAUUUCAUCGAUUCUUUGAGAGAUGAAGUUCGGAUAUUGAGAGAACUGCCUCCUGAACAGAAGCACAAAGUGGAAUCACAGUCCCUCUAUUCCAUGCCACCCAUUAGUUGGUCUAAUAUGACAUAUUACUAUGAAGUGAUUAUUCCUCGGAUGAAAACAUAUGAGGUGGUACACUUCACAAAAUCAGAUGCAAGGCUUGCAAACAAUGGAAUUCCAGACGAAGUUCAGAAACUAAGAUGCCGUGCAAACUACGAUGCGUUGAGAUUUACUCCCCCAAUUGAGAAAUUAGCAAAGAAGAUCGUUGACAUUCUUAGGUCCCGAGGCCCUUUCUUGUCACUUCAUCUUCGAUAUGAAAUGGAUAUGAUUGCUUUCUCCGGUUGCAAUGAGGGUUGCACUCACGAAGAGAUUGAUGAACUAACCAAAAUGAGGUAUGCUUAUCCAUGGUGGAAAGAGAAGGAGAUAGAUUCAGAGAAGAAAAGGUUAGAUGGCCUGUGCCCUCUUACUCCUGAGGAAACAGCUCUAACACUUCGUGCAUUGGGCAUUGAUCGCAACAUUCAAGUUUAUAUUGCUGCUGGUGAUAUAUACAAAUAUGAGAAAAGAAUGGAAAUGCUCCACGACUCCUUCCCAAAUUUGGUGAAGAAGGAGACAUUAUUGGAAGCCUCGGAACUUGACCCUUUCCGGAACCAUUCAAACCGAAUGGCUGCAUUGGACUACUAUGUGUCAAUAGAAAGUGAUAUAUUUGUUCCAUCAUACAGAGGCAACAUGGCAAAACUCGUUGAAGGACACAGAAGGUAUUUGGGGUACAAGAAAACAAUUCUUUUAGACAAAAAAGCUCUGGUUGAGCUGAUAGACCUGUACAAGAAUGGAACAAUAGGGUGGAACGAGUUCUCCAAUUCAGUGAAGGAAGCACACGCAGACCGCGUUGGGGGCCCCACUUCAAGAUCUGUGGUCCCAGGCAAACCCAAGUUAGAGGACUAUUUCUACACAAACCCACACGAGUGCAUUCAGGAAUAACCAUAUUCCCACAUUCUCAUUUGGGAUAAUUUUAUAUUAAUCGAUAAAAUUUAUAUUAUUUUUGU